AUGGAGAACCCUUAUGGCGUCAAACUCUGUGGACGGGAGUUUAUCCGCUCAGUCAUUUUCACUUGUGGAGGUUCCCGUUGGAAAAGGUCACAGGCGAUAGAUCCUUUUAACCAGAAUGACCCAGAAGAGAGUUUUGGACAAAAGCCAGUAAUUGAAACCAUCCUCCAUAGGAACAAAGAUUCAACCUUCACCUCCGCAGAGAGUAUGAACUCAGAGUUUAGCAGACAGACCCGCUCUUUCAUCUCAGAGGAAAUUCUCGAAGCUCUGCGCAAAGCUGACCGCAAGGGACGAGACCUGGUGCUGGGACUGUCCACUGCCUGCUGCAAAUGGGGCUGUAGCAAGAGUGAAAUCGGCUCUCUCUGUUGA